AUGGAUAUCGCCAAAGAACACGUUGAGUACAUCUCUAGUGCACUCAAAAGCCAUGUUGUUACGUAUCACACAGCCGCACGUGACUUGGGCAUCCACGUGUCCAAAUCUAAAGCCAUGCUUCUGAACUACUACCAGGCCAACAAGACGCGUGUCGCUGCGUCUUUCGUCGCUACCGGGACGCGUCUUGGAAAUCUUGCAGUACGUGUGUUUGAGAGCGAGGCUGAUCUUACAGAAAACUGUGACAGUUUUUUCGAUUCGGUGAACACCGUGCAUGUAUAUAGCUUGCUGGCAAACACCAACUCUUUCACUCUGGUGGCUAUUGCCAUGGAAGAGAGGAUACAUUGCACGAAUCUUGAAGCGUUGGACACUUACUGGGACUUGGGGCUCAUACAAGGACCUACCCUCGAAAGAUGUCUGAAGGCAAGAGCGGCACCAAGCACCAUUCCCAAGUCGCAUGCCACGGCCCAGCUGAGGCCUACUGAAUCUGAAGAGACAAAAUCACAAUCCACGCCAACAGAUGAGACAGAAAAGCCGAAACCGAAGUUGGUCUACCAGUCUCGCAAGCAGCAACCCAAAUCGUCGUUGCUUUCGUCUUAUGUAUCACGGAAGAGCGAGAAAAACAGUACCACUGGAAAAGCCCUGGGAGCUCCGAAAAGGGCUUUGCUGGACAGACCGCUGUAUGAGUAUAAAUCUAGAAAAUUGGAGCAACUGCAGCCCAAAGAGAGAGUUGUGGUGUCCACCGAGGGCGACGAAAACGAGGUUGCAGAUGAGCUCAUGGAAGACGCGCCACCGCUGACAAAACCAACGGUGACCGAGAGCGAGCUUCACAAAAUGUUUCUCGACGAUUUCACAGACGAUGAGAAAGUGGACGGGGCCCUGGAGAUGGAAGUUGAUCAGCCAAUUGUGGUUGAGAACACCGAGAAUGAGCAAAGCGAUGCACCCAUGGAAGAACCUGCAGAGCCGGAGAUACCGCAAGCGCUGCUGCUACCCAAGAAUGAUAUCUGGAAAUCGAUGUCAUCCGCUUCCCCGGUCCCAGACUCUUCCACCGCAAAACCUGCCAGUCCAGCUCCUGAAACGACCGUGGACGAUGAUGGAUAUUUCACCCUGUACAAGCAAAGUGAACCCAAACCUGCACCGAAGACUGACGGGAAGAAGAAGCAAGCCUCUGUUAUGAGUUUCUUCCUGAAGAGAUGA